AUGAGGCCCGAAAAGGAUCUUGGAUCCGAGGCUCGGAAAGCAGGAGUCAACUGCCUCGAUAAGUUUUCCCAAAUCUUCUUUCUUCGCAGUCCAGCGGAGCGCUUCACUCGAGCUUAUAACUUGAUGCUAGCUCAUGUUUUUAAUCUUUCCAGUCCGGCGGAUCAGAUCCAGGAAGGAUUUAGCAAGCUAAUAAACGAGGCAGCUUUGUAUCCCGCGGAACCAAAUAGGACCGAGUUCUUCCAGAUGCGCGUGGUCAGCGAUCACAAAAGCAACGUGAAGGUCCAAAACAUGGGGGAACUGAUAUACGCGGAUAACUACGUGAUAAUAGUGGACUCCGAAAAGCGAUUAAAUAAUCUGAUAACGAAUCACACAAGCAAAAUGCGAUCGUGGAAUCCUGGAGCCCGUUUCCUAAUACUCUAUCACGAUGCCAAAAAUCGAAAUUUGGCUAAGAGUACAUCUACAGAAAUUUUCGAUGCCCUUAUGAAAAGAUUUUAUGUGCAUCGGGUGGCUUUACUCUAUGCCUCCACCCCCACUGACUAUAAUAUUCUGGUCAAUGAUUACUACAGCAACGUGGACUGUCGGAUUCUGAAUGUCCAGAGUUUGGGCCAGUGCCGCAAUGGAGACCUUUAUCCCAGUAGCAAGGUCGUUAAUGCUUCCAUGAAGGACUACUCGGCUGGAUUCAGUCCUAGGAACUGCACAUUCUUCGUUUGCGCUGCUAUCUCCGCCCCGUUUGUGGAAGCUGACUGCAUCAUGGGCCUAGAGAUGAGAAUCCUGGGAUUCAUGAAAAAUCGACUAAGCUUCUAUGUGAACCAAACCUGCAGUAAUGAGUCACGUGGCGAGAUGGAGCCCGACUUGAAAUGGACUGGCUUGCUCGGAAAAGUCCAGGAUAACGAGUGCGACUUUAUAAUCGGUGGCUUUUAUCCGGACAACGAGGUGGCCGACUACUUCUGGGGAUCUGAUACCUAUCUGCAGGAUGCACACACCUGGUACAUCAAGGUGGCCGAAAAACGGCCCGCCUGGCAAGCGAUGGUUGGAAUCUUUCAGGGCGAAACCUGGAUUGGCUUCAUCUUGAUUCUCGUAAUCAGCUGGUUGUUCUGGUUCGCAUUGGUGAAAAUCCUGCCGGAACCGAAAUACUACCAGCAGCUAAGUCUAACGGCCAUCAAUGCUCUGGCUGUAUCCAUUUCGAUAGCCGUUCAGGAGCGUCCCAUUUGCGAGGCUACCAGGCUGUUUUUCAUGGCCUUGACCCUGUAUGGCUUGAAUGUGGUGGCUACCUACACGUCCAAAAUGAUAGCCACUUUUCAAGAUCCCGGAUACCUUCACCAGCUUGAUGAACUCACUGAGGUGGUGGCACACGGGAUUCCCUAUGGCGGCCACGAGGAGAGUCGCGAUUGGUUCGAGAACGACGAUGAUAUGUGGAUUUUCAAGGGAUACAACAGCUCGGCCGAGUUUCUCCCGCAGACGAAGAACUUGGAGGCGGUUAAGUGGGGCACGCGGUGCAUCCUGAGCAACCGCAUGUACACGAUGCAGAGUGCCCUGGCGGAUGAUAUAUACGCCUUUCCCUACAACGUCUUCAGUAGUCCGCUGCAGAUGAUCAUGAAGGCGGGCUUUCCCUUCCUCUUUGAGAUUAACAGAAUCAUCCGAUUGAUGCGGGACGUGGGAAUCUUCCAGAAGAUCGACGCUGACUUUAGGUAUAAUAACACGUAUCUAAACAGGGUGAGCAAGAUGCGACCGCAAUUCGCGGGCACCGACAUUGUCCUGACCACGGAGCAUUUGAAAGGACCGUUUGGCAUCUUGGUGGUUGGCAUCUUCUGUUCCGCCCUCACGUUUCUGGGCGAGCUAAUGAUCCGGAAUUGGCGGUGCCAGAUGGUCACCAGAACUAAGCAGCAGGGCAGGAACAAGAAGAGGAGGAGGCAGCGCAGAAGGAAGUACCCAAAGGAUGGCCACUGGCAGCGCCAAGUUCAAGUGGCUCCAGUCGUACGAUUUACGCCAGUCAAACGACGCAAAGUUUUGUAG